GAAACAACAACUCCCCGUGGUUCAGCACGGAGCUAUUUAAAAAGCUUAGGGCUGUUUUUAACUAGAACACUUUUAACGGAGUUUAGCUAGAACACAAGGGAUAUUUUAUAUAUUUUUGGUAUUGUGUCAAUUUAGCGUCGUCACCUACAGCGAAAGACUCACUUUUAAGGUUAGCUACAAAGUCAAAAACAGCUAACUGGCCGGUAAAGUCCGUUAUCCGACAGACAGCAUGUAAAGAGACUUCAUUCACGACAUUUAAACAGUAUUGAGCUUUAAACAGCGGACUUUUUAACUUCUUCUGUAGCUGUUGAACUUUGGUGACGGUGACCGGGAUGUUUCCCCUCGACUCGCCCUGGAACAUCUCGUUCGCAGGUUGUGGCUUCCUCGGCAUCUACCACGUCGGCGUGGCCAGCUGCCUGCUGGAACAGGCUCCUUUUCUGGUGCAGAACGCCCGGCACGUCUAUGGAGCGUCUGCUGGAGCUCUCACUGCCACUGCUCUGGUCACCGGAGUGUGUCUUGGAGAGGCUGGGGCAAGCAUCAUCGAUGUUGCCAAAGAGGCGAGGAAGCGAUUCCUCGGACCCAUGCAUCCUUCCUUUAAUCUGGUGAAGAUUGUGCGUCACAUGCUGCGGCGGACCCUGCCAGCCGAUUGCCACCAUCGGGCCAGUGGUCGUUUGGGUAUCUCUCUUACCAGAGUGACUGAUGGAGAAAAUGUCCUGGUGUCACACUUCAACAACAAGGAGGAGCUGGUGCAGGCAUGUGUCUGCAGUGCCUACAUCCCAGUGUAUUGUGGCCUCAUUCCUCCCACACUGCAAGGAGUGCGAUAUGUUGAUGGAGGAAUCUCCGACAACCUGCCUCAGUACGAGCUGAAAAACACCAUCACCGUGUCUCCGUUCUCUGGGGAGAGCGACAUCUGCCCACGAGACACCUCCACCAACAUACACGAGCUGCGGUUCACGAACACGAGCAUCCAGUUCACCCUCACCAACCUCUACAGAGUCUCCAGGGCACUUUUCCCUCCAGACCCAAUGGUUAUGAAGGCCAUGUGUAAGCAGGGAUAUAAAGAUGCUCUGCAUUUUUUGAAGAAAAAUGAAUUGCUUAAUUUCAACGGACCUCUCAGGGACAGACCCCUGUUAGCCAGUGGCGCAGAAAGUCAGGAUUAUAACGGUUGUGAAGAAGACAGUAGAGGCGAUGAAGAUGAGGCAAAGCCACAUGUGGAGGAGGGAGCAGUAAUUGUUCAUGGCCUCUCCUCAAUAGAGGAGCAUUUCAUGGAACACCUUCCACCAACCCUGCACAGAGCUCUGGUUGAGGCCUGCAUGGAGAGGAGGAGCCUGGUGCAGUCACUGAGCAACAUGCUGCCUGUCAGGAUGGCCUCGGCCCUGAUGCUCCCCUACACUCUCCCUCUGGAGUCUGCCAUGUCCAUGACUCUCAGACUUCUGGAGUGGCUGCCAGAUGUACAAGAGGAUGUUGGUUGGAUUCGAGAGCAGAUAUUAAAAGUCCUACAGCAUGUUCUUCGCCAGGCCUCCAAAAGCAUUUCCCAGCAUGUAUCUGCCAGGUUUUCCUGUCAGCUGGAAUUACACCACUACCGGUCCCUCCCAUCCCAGAUCAGCUCCACCAGCCUGUUCCCUACCUGGGUGAACGAGAGCAGUUCUUCAGUCCUGGACGUCUUCACACGUCUUGACCAGUACAAGAGGCAGCUGUUGUCUGGAGUGCUGUGCAUCAACAUGGACCUGCAGGGCUCCUUCAAAACAAAACCGAUGUCACCAGAUAAGAGCCCUCCAUCAAACCUCUACCAAGAAGGCCUCACAAUGCACAGAGGCUGUCUCGAUAUUGCUCCUGUUUCCGACUCAACCAUCAGCAGCUCUUAAGGGCUUCUGACAGGUUUCUGAUGCAGCUGUGUCAGCACUAAACUGAUUUAUAGAUCAAGGAACAUUUGAAAAUAAUUUAAUAAGAGUUUUACAUCUGUUUACAUCCUUACAUUUAGGUAUUUUAAAGCUGCCAGGGAAACUUGUAUAAUCUAAUCAACCUCUUUGCAUAGGGGUUGGAAAUGAUAAUAAUUUACUACUAGUUUACUAUAUUUACACUUAGCGUGUAUUAAAUAUUUCUGACUAAUGCCUGAAACUGAAGUAAAUCUUCAGCAACAGAACAAUGGGGUGAGUCCUUGCACACAAUAUGUCUUUAGGUCUACAGAGGAGCAUUUAAACGUGUGCUCACACAGUCAUGUACAAACUUGAAUUACAGGACGUUACAUACAAAAAUGCGCACUUGAAGUGGCGCGGUUAAAAUAGGCGAGUGUUUAUGUUUUUAGUGGAAUGAAGUCAGACCAGUAGUUAACCACAGUGUUCCUGCUGUAUCCGGCUGGGAGCUCCAACUUACUUCUGGUGGAGGAUGCUGACUUGAGGAAGGGGAAACUGUGGAUGUCAGAGGUAGUUACUCCAUUUAUCUGAUGCAAGUGUCAAUGCAGUAUUGUGAAAAAAAACAUUGUCUUUAUGUUUCUAGGUUUAUAUGAAUGUUAAUGUCUUUACGGUUAUUUAUAUGAAAAACCUAAAAACUGCUUUGCCUUUUCUCUCAUUCCUGAUUUACGUGAGUUUCAACUCAUUUAGAUGUGAUUUUAUAUCUACAUUGUAUUUAAUUUUUGCCUAAAAAUCAGUGAACAGUAACUUAGAUUCCAAAUUUUAACAGUCAAUCAAAAAUGUGAUUUUAUUUUUAGUCAUGAAAUAAUCAGUUUGAUCUGAAUUGCACUUUGUCUUCUAAUGUCACUGUACAGUUUGACGUAAGUUGAGUUUGUUUUUGUCCUUUUUAAAUACUUCUCUUGCACUCUGUACUAAGAAACUGCAUGUUUGAGCCCCAAGUUGUGCCUUAAUGUUCAAUGAAAUAACUACCGAGUGAAUGUAACAUAUAGUCAAAGUGUUGCCGGGAGUAAUAUUUAUGUGAUUAUUAAAUAAACUGGAAUUGUUUGACAUUCA